GAAGGUGUUACGGUAUUGUCGUCGGCUCCGGGUCACGGCGAGUCGUUCGAAAAGCCACGUGAUCGUCUUUUCGCCGGUGCUCGAAGUACUUUCGUUCGGUCAACCCUUUCGAUCUUUAACGAAAGGAUCAGCUAUAAAAUAGUGUCGUCGUUUAAAGUUCGCGACGUUGAAAUAAAUCUUCAUAAAUCUUUGAUGUUCAUGGUCGGUGAAUUAUUUUGUUUUCAAUUCGUACACCGGUCUCCGUCUUUGUUUGUCUCGAAUGUGAUUAGUGCUACGUACUUCUACCUUGAGAAUAUAAACACGCGGGUCGGUUACGGUUUAUUCGUACAUUACUCACCUGGCUCAGUUCGUCGCGACAUGCGUCCUUGCUCGUUUCGCUCGUACGGCUCUUAGUUCAUAGACGGACUUGGACAUGGUAGAAAGACGCAGUUAACGGGACACGUGUUUUUUUGUGUGAUACUACGUGGACAACGACGUGGAGUGUCUAAAGGUGUUCAAGGUGCAUCGGGAACCGGUGAAGGGAUAAAGAAUGCGACUGCUGUAGGGGUUGCGGACAGGAAUUCGGGAUCCCCGGGAGCUCUUCGAUAAGGCAUGCUAUGCGCCAGAAGACUGGAAACAGAGGAUCCCGCGGAAGAUGACAGGGUUAAGUAGAUAAAAGGAGCAGCUACUUCCAUCGACCACGAGGACGAUUCAUCGCGUUUUCCAUGCAGUGCACAAUGCUCUGCCAUCGCGUCCUUGUCGUUCUCUUUGCUGUCAACGUGCCAAUCGUGACGGGGGUAGGGCCAGACUUCGUUUAUCCGCUGGAGAAUGUAACGAUCCCGCAGGGUCGAGACGCUACCUUCACCUGCGUGGUGAGCAACCUCGGUGGAUACCGGGUGAGUCCUUCCUCCUCCGCGAGCAGAGAUCACUCUGGCGGCGCCAAGGCCCGGCUUCAUGAGAGAACUUCUGAUGUUAUGAAGACAAAAUCAAAAUUUUCUGUGGCGUGGAUCAAAGCGGACACCAAGGCGAUUCUGGCGAUUCACGAGCACGUGAUCACGAACAACGCGCGUUUAUCAGUAAAACACAGUGACCCCAACACGUGGACAUUGAACAUUCGUGGUGCACGCCGAGAAGAUCGAGGCAUUUAUAUGUGUCAGGUCAACACGGAUCCUAUGAAGAGUCAGAGCGCGUUUCUAGAAGUGGUGAUACCACCGGACAUAAUAUCUGAAGAAACAUCGAAUGAUCUGAUGGUACCGGAAGGUGGAUCUGCGAAGCUGGUAUGCAAAGCUCGUGGAUAUCCAAAACCAGAGAUCGUUUGGAAACGAGAAGAUGGUGCUGAAAUUAUUUCCCGUGCCGGACUCUCUGGUGGCAAGACGAAAAUCGCAACAGCCGAGGGUGAAACGCUGACUCUGUCGAAAGUAACCAGAAGCGAGAUGGGUGCCUACCUAUGCAUCGCAAGUAACGGAGUACCACCGUCAGUCAGCAAACGGAUGAUGCUGCAUGUGCACUUUCACCCGAUGGUUCAAGUACCGAACCAGCUAGUCGGUGCACCAACUGGAACCAACGUUACGCUGGUUUGCUUCGUGGAAGCAUCCCCAAAGGCCAUUAAUUAUUGGACACGCGAAUCAGGUGAAAUGAUAAUCAGCAACAGUAAAUACUCGAUGUCAGAGGUGAAAACUUCGGUGUACAGCGUUCAAAUGCGUUUGGUAAUCAUGAAUCUUCAGAAACAGGAUUUCGGUGGUUACAGGUGCAUUUCAAAGAACUCGAUCGGCGAUGCAGAAGGCAACAUUCGACUUUACGAUAUGGAUCUACCAAAGCACUCGAAGAAAGUGGAAAACCGUCGAGGGGAGUAUGACACAAAUGAAUCGAUAAGUAAUCGGGAUCACAGACUAAAUCACGUGUACCAGGGUUCUUUACGUGAAACGGGUUCGACCUUAGAACCGUACUUCGACGAUGACGAUGUAUCCUCGUCGACAUCGUCGAACAAAAUUCUACCGUUCGCCUCUUGUAUCCUUCUGAUAACACUUUGCCAGCUGCUUGUUUUCACGUAAAGAAUAUUCAAACGCGUUGAACGAAACAAGUCAUAUAUUUCAUUCGACGAUAAUUCAUUAUUUUUAUCGCGUCGUUAACUAUCGAACUCUGUGCUGUGUUAGCAAAUCGACUGAAAAGAUAUCGUCAUUUUAAUAUUGAUCCUGUAUUUAUGUUCGUUUCGUCACUCCAUCGAUGAUACUCUACCAGAUCUAGUCAACAGAAAUUUGGUUGCAGGUUGUUUAUUCGGUAAGUAACGAUAUCUACAGUAUUUUUUUGUUUCAUUUAUUUUAAUAAUUUGAAAUUUAACAGUGAAGUAAUUUUAACUCUUUAGAUUUUUUUUGGGGGGAGGGAUCUUUGAGAGUUUCUCAAUGUUUAUUUUUUUUUACAUUAAACUAUUACAAGUAUGCAGAAUUUUUUAUUAUUUUAUCCAUCAUUUUUACUACCCUUAAAAGAUAAAAUGAAUACAUACUAUGGUGGAAGACAAUGUAUUCUUAGAAUAAAUAAAAUCAUAGGCAAAUUGUUUAUGUAUAAAUGAUGGAAAUAUUUGAAUCAGAAUCUAGUAUAAUUAAGCAUCAGAUUUGAAUUUUUUACCUCGCUUUAUUAAUCGUAAACCUUAAAUCUCGCAUGGCAUUCAAUACGUAAACCAACUACCAAUCUCCGACUACACUAAUCUCGAUAGAUUCCUAAAAAAAAAUAAACACACCCAUAACGAAGUGACAGAGGAAAUACAAACGAUCGCGUUCCAUCCGAUAUUUCCUUUAAUCACCAUAUUUCCCCGAUGUACCAUGUAACAAGCGUUUGAACGAAAGGCAGCAAAGAGGGUCGACGGAAAAUCAAGUAAAACCUUUCGAUUUUCCUCGCCUCGGUUCCGUGACCUCCGCGAGUUAAACACAGAAAUAAAAGUUGGCAAAGACGAUAAUCGUUUCAUGGAAACGCGAUCGAGGCUCAGCCGUUUAAUAAAAGUCAAAUCGAGCGAACGAACCGCCGAUCCGGCCUUGUUUAUUCAGAUCCAGCCGAUCGAUGCGGCAUUUAUAACGCGAUACUCGGCCUGAUGCCGGGUAUUAUCAUGCCACGAUGAACGUGAAAUUAAUAUUCUAACGAAUAUCGGAGAAACGGAACGAUGGGAAGGAAGAUCUCGUCACGUCGAACAGCUCCACCCGUGCGAUUGUCCGUCUAGGCUUAACGAGAUAUCUCGUUAGCAGUGCAUGUUCGUCUGUGGUCUCUAUCUCCCUUCAACACGGUCUCUCGAUUAUCUGAUCUGUUGAAAUGAUAGAAUUAUUAAAUCCUGGACUCGUUUCGAUUUUUUUCUCUCUUUUUUAACUCUUCGUUCUUCUCUCUGUGUGAUCCGUUCGUUGGUGUACGUCGACACGACACAUUAUUGUGAUCGUUGAUGAGGAUAUCAGGGAACCGAGAUAAAUACACGGUCGCUAGCAAAAUCUAGUUACGCAAAUGUUAGUCGGGACAAAGAAACACGUACGAAAGCAGCCAGUCGAUGCUGGUUUCAUUAAAAUUGUAUAAAGGUGAAAGUGUUUUUUUUUUAAAUUGUGAUUUGUAAUAGUGGGCGGAAGUUGCCUUCUAUCGGAGUAUUAUUAGGUUGAAUAAUGUAAUGGUGAUUUAGGUCCGUUUGAAGAAUUAAGAGGAAAUAAUUAUUUCGAAUAGGAUUACUGUUGUAAUAUUAAUGUAGGGUAGCUUGAAAAUUGAAAUUAGAAAAUUAAUUGUUCCUGUUUUUAAUACGUUCAGUGCCAGGCGAGAUUUUAAAGUUUAUGAUAAAUUGUUUAAAAAUAGGUCAACAAAUUAAAUUCUGAUGCUUAAUUAUAAAAAGUUUAAAAUUUUUCCCAUGUUAUUUCAAUGUUUGAACAAAGGUAAGAUUAAAUAUUUAAUAAUUUGCUGUUCGACAGCUUUUGACAAUCUAAAUUUUCUUUUAUAUUUUAUAAUUAAAGUUCACUCUUGCGGCUUUGCAAUCAGCAAAUGUAAUUGAACUUACAAAAUUCAUUUAUUACUUAACAGAAUUUCUAACGUAGGUAUCAUCGAGAGGAAAUAAUGCUCUCUCUCUUUUUAUAUUAUAUAGAUAAAAGAUAAAUUAGCAAUUAUCGACUAAUUGAAUCCAAUACAUAUCCCUAAUCAAUUAUCAAGUAGGAAUAUAAUUUCACGCGUUUAAUCGAUGAUUAGGAGUACACAAGUCUGAAAAUAUCAUUAGAUUUGUAAUAAAUGCAGAGAUUUGUACAGAUGGACUGAAUUUAUCGGAAUAGUUACAAUAAAAAUCAUUUAAAAAUGAUUUUCUGAUGAAUGCAGAAAUACAAAAGUCCUUUGUAACUUAAUACAAAUUAAUGAACUGUAGCUAUAACAUUUUUUUCUAAUUCUAAUUUUCAUAAUAUUUGAUUUAUUAAAAUAUCUAAAUUACA